CCAAGGUGAGGUCAUUACAAGAUGACAGACAACUUCCCUGUGGAUAUGGGGUUACAUAGGUCCUGUUCUUAGUCCUUUCCUGUUUGCUUUGGUAAAUGGUGUUCUGACGCAAAAUCCUCAUUGACAAGACAGAAGAUGGAGUCAGCAAUAUGUUUGAAGCAUGAAGAGUUUAAACUGAGCAGGACUAGGACUAAGACUGAGUACGUAGAAUAUUGCUUCAGUGGUAUAUGGUCCCAGUUGGAAGUGGAAGUGAGGAUUGAUUCACAUUCAGUGCCUAAAAGGGACACAGUUCUGAUACUUUGGAUCUAUCAUUCAGAACAAAGGGGGAGGUAGAUGGAGAUGUUGUUCAUCACAUUGGUGUCGCUUGGCCAAAGUGGAAUCUUGCUUGAGGUGUCUUUUGCAAGAAGAGGAUGUUGACAAAUCUGGAUGGGAAGUUUUAUUGGACAAUAAGCUACUCACCUUUGGAGUCUACAAGUGACAAAUACGAGCAUGCUGAGAUGCACAUGUGGUUUUAAAGCUGCAGUAAGCUAGAUUGAGACGGUUUGCACUUUUGCCUCUAAAGAACCCUAGAUCCAAUCUUCCUUCCCAUUUUGUCCCCCUCUCGAGAACCCUAGCAUCAUAGUCUUUUCUCUCUGCAUUUCUUUAGUUUCAUUCUUUUCAUAUGGAUUCAGUGGCUGUCUGUUUCCUCUAUGUUAUUCCCAAAAUUGAGAUCCAAUGUGAAGGGGCCUACGCUGGCUAGGAGGACGACAACUCUUUCAAUGUCAACCAUGGUUAUCAAUGGGACAAGUCGAGUCAAGUCGGUGGAGAAGAGACUUGUGGACUAGUCGUAGACUAGUCGACAAAUUACAGUUCAGUGGAAUGUGUGUCAUGCAUUGAGCAACUUGUUUUUAAAUGAAAUGUUAAAUUUGCAAGAUAUGGACUGAGAGUGUCAGCUCCCUGUUUUGGAUUUUUGCAACCAUUCGACGAGAUGACUAUUGUUUUCUGACGCUAGAACUUCCUGCGUAUGGAUCGCCUAUGCCUAACCACCGUCUCUGUUGCCGUUGCCUUCAGAUCUGGAAUACUACCUGGAGAUCAACGACUGAAAUUGAAACGAGUAAGUAAUAAAAAGUGUAAUCUACCUUGUUUAAAACUACAUCAAAAGUCCUAUAAAACUAGAAGUAAUCAGAAUAUUUUAUUUUAUCAAAUAAUCAAUGAGAAUAUGCAUACAAACAUAAAUUAUCGAGAGGCCGUAACAGUAACUUGGAAAAUUAAUUGGGGUUUGAUAAAUUACUCUUUACUUUUUUUUUGAUCAACAAGGCUGGGGAGACCCCGAGCUAGUAGCCUCGUGGAGUGGUGGUAGUGUGUCGCGUAGUAGUGACCCUCAUCAUUUCGUCAGUACUCAAGUUUUCCAAAUCUGCAGUAGGGACCUCAAACAUUCUCCAUGAAAUGUCUUGAAAAGCCCCAAGGUUAGCUAGACGAUCCGCGACCUUGUUUUGUUCCUGCAAGAUGGCUCUAAAGCUGAUUUUAUGGAAUCAGUCAGUCCAACUCUUUAUUGUUAUAAUAGUAUCGCUGAUGGGUCCCCUCAAACUCGUCGAUCUUGUAAUCCAAUUGACAACUUCUCUAGUGUCUGACUGCACCUCAAGAUCCCUCACCCCUCUACCCCAUGCCCAUCGGAUGACUUUCUCAAUGGCUUUAGCCUCGAUUUCCUCGAUGUUAUUUGGUCUAGUUCUAUAGGAAAAAACCGCCAAGCCAUUCUCCGCUAUUGUUGCGAAUGACUCCGCCGCACCCCGCCCUGUUUGCCAUAACUUUAUUGCUUCCAUCAACAUUAAGAGUGAAUUCAUGAUCAACUGCCGGAUUCCAUUUUAGCCGAGGAUCUCUUGUAUUCAUCAAAGAGGGAGUUGAUAUAUAAUGUCAAGAUUUGAAUCCCUACUUUUAAGAGGUGUGAUCCUUGCGCUUAUUUGGAUUGGGAUAAUAAAAAUUGAGUGUCUUUGUUGGUAUGAAUAUUUUGAUAUUAAGAAGUUGAGGACUAGUUACAGAGUUUAUGGAGUAUGUGGUGGCUUGGUAAGAUGAAUUGGUUUUAGAAGCGCGUAGUUGAAGGUGAUUAUGAAAAGAUUUGUUCCUAGUUAUUAUUCCAAGGAACUAUAUGUUCCUCUCACACUUAGAAAUGUGGCACAAGAAUCUUUUUUUACUAAUGGUGGGAGCCAAGCAUGCACAUGAUAGGGAGCCUCGUGAAGCCACUAUGGUGCAUUUCAUCAAGGGCGAUAGUGACAAUGGUAAGGACAUGGGGUGUGACGCCAGUUGCGGCGUUGCCCAAAUUGUGACAGCAGCACAGGUGACUAUGGCCAGGGCGGUGUGGGUAGCAGUUCAGAUAAUAAAAAUAGGGGGUUUCGAACUUUCGAACUAGUGCCCUAGCGACUAGGCUCCUCCGACUAACAACAUUGCUCCUCCUAAGCUCGGGCUGCUUGGCGACGGUGGCCGGCCUCUUCCACGGAGGCUACUAGAUGUGACGGUGGUUGUGAAUCCAAGGAGAAGAAGAGAAGAGACAUUACAACUUUGGUUGGGACUUGCUUCUGAAUGGCGGCGAGUUCCUCCUGUGUGCCGCGGCGGCGGCAAGCAUCAUGAGUCAAAGAAGACGGAAGUUGAUUGAUCAAUUCUAUUAAAUGCAUUUAUUUAAUUUGGGUAUGCUUUUGUAGAUGCACUGGAGUGGCGCAUGCAGUGGUGAUUAGUUUGGGCGGAGAUAAUUUAGUUUAUAACUCCUAUUUAGGGGAGUUUAAGUUUCAACUCCUAUUUAGGGAAUUGACAUCUCUUUUACUCCUAUUUUGGUCCUUCUCCCUAACUAUUUUACAACAUAUCAAGUAAUUCUACUUUGCUUAACAAAUGGUUGCGAUAAAA